CGUAAAAUGAGCGAGAGACGAUUUGAUUAAGCAAGCAAGUGACUAUUAACCUUUAAAGGCUGAGUAAUUGCCAAUACCAACGGCUUACAUUAUCAUUUCAUGUUGCUCAUGUCAGCAGCAAUAUAGAUUCAUCUAACUUUAUCAUCGUAUCCACACUUGCUUUCGGGGUGCUCAUCGAUGGAGCGCUUGCCGCCCUUGCGCCAGUUGAUUGGUACAAGACCAUGAAACCACCGAACGAACGAUUUGUUCUCAAUGCACAGCAAGCCCAGCAGGCCAUCAAUGCGGCGGCAGCGUUCGCAUCCGAAAAUGGCACUCCGUCAUCGAUUGUCAUCACGGAUCCGUCCGGCUUUGUCAUCUCACUACUACGCAUGGACAAUGCCUGGAUUGAGAGCGUUGACACCUGUAUCAAAAAGACUCGCAGUGUCAGCCUUUUCAACGGUGCCUUUACCACCGAGGAUUUGAAUCCUCUCGUCCAGCCCGGAUCGGAAGAUUACGGCCUUGAGACUGCUAAUGGGGGAUUGAUGUUCGUCAAGGGCGCUAUACCAAUCUACAUCAACGGGACAUUCUUUGCUGCUAUUGGUGUUUGCGGCGGAUCAGGUACACAGGAUGUGGAUGCCGCCACUGCUGGAGUUCUCGCUGUGAAUGGGACGACUAUUACGAAUGGCACAACCUUUUCGAAUUAAGAAGAUUCAGGAAGCCGGUAACGGGAUGUCAUAGCUUAACGUAUUAGCGACUGGUGCUGCCCUCAUCCGGGAAUGACCAGUAUAUGUGUGGUUUUGCAGCUAGUGCAUACGUAACAAGGCAUUACUUACACCCACAGCGUCUACUCAUCUAUGACGAAGCAUUAAGCUUACGAGCUCUGAAUUAUUAG